UAUCCAAUUGGUCUGAAUUUUGACUCCACCCCCUCCAACCAAUAAGAUUGAAGUAAUAUCAACCCCUAGUUAAAAAUUUUGUACGCGUACAAUACAGUGUGUUGUGAAAUACCGUGUGUGCAAGUCGUGCACGUCUAUCGUGUGGGUUUUGGUGAUACUUUAUCUUGGUGGUGAAUUAUGAAAAUGUCGUUUUCAAGUGACCACGGACCUUGGGACACGACAAACGGUGGAGAAUUCCCCAAUUACCCCGGAGAAUUGAACGGCUACUCGACACUUUGGGACCCACACCACUGUCCGUUGGGCCAGAAUCCAGCUCUAAGUGGGUACCCAGAUAUAUUAACAGCCUUUAACUCCGACCUAGGUAUCAUUUCAAUCCCCCUGUUCCUCCAACAAUCUAUGGCAUUCAAAUCUGUACGGUUGUCGUUUCUAUUUGCAGUGUGGCCGCGACAACAAUGUGGUGGCUUGGUGCCCGGCAGAUUGGGAAGAAACGGGACGCCGUCCGGGGGACAGAGCCAGAAGAAGCCGCGGAGGAGGGUGGCAACGAUUGCACAAAGGAGGGCGGCGAAUAUUCGUGAAAGGAGGCGGAUGUUCAACUUGAACGAGGCGUUUGAUAAGUUGAGGAGAAAGGUUCCAACUUUUGCGUACGAAAAGCGAUUAUCCAGAAUCGAAACUCUUCGCCUGGCAAUUACUUACAUAAGUUUCAUGUCUGAAUUGUUGCAUGGACAUCCAAACGAUCACAAAACAUCCGACGUUUAUCCUCAACGCGAGUACAUUCCCUAUGGACUCCUCAGUUAAUUUAUUAAUAGUAAAACUCGAUGUAUUUUGAACUAUUUAUUGUCAUUUGUUAUUCUGUGAUAUUUUAUUU